AGGACAACAGUCAAGAAAAAGUAAUAAAAGAAAUGGCAGAGAAAAAGUUUGUACAAGAAGAUGAUAUCUGCAUACCAUCAAACACGACUCUUCUGCAAGGGGAUCUGCCAACAAUAAAAUUCUCUGUGGAUAUUUUUGGAACUCAGACCGGAGAAAGUUUCCAAGAAAUGCCUCAUGGCGAUGCACUACAAGUAAAGAGUGUUGUUGGAGAAGUGGCUUGUUCCAAAGAUGAGAAUUAUAAGAUUCAAACUACACAGAGCUUGCAGACUGUGGUGGCUGGCUUUUCUUCUCCUGCAUCUGCUCCUUCCACUCCAAUUAAUCAAUAUGUUAGAAAGAGGCGUAACAGUGCUACCCCAUUGAAGCAGAACCCUAUUAAGAAGCGUAAUAGUUGUACAGACAAGCUAGAUCAAAAACCUAAGCUGAAAAAAUGUAGCCCCGAAAUAUUGAAUGAUGAAGACAAUACCAAACGCACUCCUACUAUUCGAGUGUCCAAAUCAAAUCUCAAAAUCAGAACUCCUGUAGUGAGUUCUACUCGUAAGGCACAAACAAAGAGGACUUACAUCAGAAAGAGUUGCUCAAAACUUGUUGCCGAUUCUUUAAAAAAUAUUCAAAGUGAGGUUGCUACUAAAUCAUUCAAGCGAGCUUUAAAAUUUGACAUGGAAAAUAGAGCAGGAGAUGGAUGCAAUCGAUUUGAAAACAAGGAUAAUCAAGCUGCUACUGUAGACUUGAUUCAAGAAGUGGAUAAACAAUGCUUUUUUCCAGUUCAUCAUAAGACAUCCCAGAGCUUAAUAAAUAGCAGAGAUAGUGUGCCAAAAUUCCUGAAGAAGCGCAAAAAAAGAAGGAUAAAAAGACUUGUGCAUAUAUUUGAAUCUUCGUGCAGGAAUGUGAAAACUGCAGAAGUUGGGGAGAGAUCCGACAAGGGUAUACUACUAAUUAAGAAGCUAGGUGAAUCUGAUAAUGGUGAGAAUCUGAAUACGAAGCUAUAUUGCACCACUGAAGAGAGCCAGACUGCACUGGAAAUUCUAGAUAUGUAUUCGGCUGUAAAAAUGAAGAGAAGAAGAUUAGCUGGAAGUAUUCAAAGGCCCUUGACAAAUGUGACAUCUGUUCCUAAGGAGGCUCUGCUGCAACUUCAUAAAAGCGAGGGGGCUUUUACCACGAAUCAUGAUGCUGAAGUUGGCAAGAGAGUUGGACUUGCAGCCAAAGAAAAGAAUAACGAAAGGAGAUGGAGGAAACUACAACUUUUUGAUGAAUAUAUUGGCCAAGUUGGGCUCCGAGAGCAAAAUGUAGGCAGGUCAGUUGAACUUAAUAAGAAACACAAAUUUCACGCAAAGGUUGAUCUUAAUGAGGAGUCGGAGAGAGUUUAUAACUUGCUUAUGUCAUCUGGAGGAAUUCUUUUGGAUCAAGAAGCAGAGGCAGACUCUAAAAAGAAGGAAUACUGGGAUAGGGAAAGAAAUUUAACAAGAAUCAGAGUCGAGUCAUUCAUAUCCACUGUUGGCAUGAUUCAAGGCAAUAGAAGCUUUUCGCCUUGGAAAAGUUCAGUAGUUGAUUCAGUGGUGGGAGCUUUCCUGACCCAGAAUGUUUGUGAUCACUUUUCGAGCCUUCAGGUCUUUAGCUGCGCGAUUCCCAAACCAUAAAUUAAAUGGUCAAAGCAAAAAUUCAGAGCCAGAGAAUUCUGCUCUGUGGCCCAGCCGUGGCAAAACUGCUCCUACUGCAAAAAGAGGUCUCAAAUUCAAUUC